CCUUGGAGCAACCUCCCUGCUAGUGUCAAAUCUUCCAGUCAGAAUUCAGAAACUGCAGCAAAUAGGGGUUGGUAGAAUUCAGAAUUCAGAACACCGAAAGAUCAGUCACAAAAUCUCAGAUCAGUGGACGAGUUCUCAAAAAAAGAUCAGUGGAUCCAGCAUUGCACUGAAAACUUGCUCCCAUCGAUUAAACGCUCUCGCGUCGCCCUCCCCCGGGCGACUCGGGAGGCGACGCCGCCGCCGUCCUCCUCCUCCUCACGUCUCCUCCCCCCGCCUCACCGCCGCCUGAGCGGGCACCGGCAAAGCCUUGCGCCCACAAGCUAGGACGGCGGCGGUGGGGCCUCAUCUCGCCUCCACGCGCUCGGCGGCUGGGGGGAUGCCUUGAGUGGCGGCGGUGGUGCCUAGAUCCGCGCCGGGCCCGGCCGGAUCUAGGGGAGGGGCGGCUGGCGGCGGGGGCUGAAGGUGACGGCGGCGGCGUCUGGUGUUGGACGCGUCGACGCUCGUGCUGACGGUGUCGACGGCGAGGUCCUCCAGAUCUGCGGGUGCCGGUGGUUGCAGCGCGGCCGGUGGCAGCGGCGGCGGUGGAUGCCGACGGCAGCUGGCGACAGCGGCGGCGGGGACUGCGGUGGCGGGCGGCAGCUGGCGACAGCGGCAACGGCUAUGGCGGUUCGGGCGCGUCGGCGCUCGUCCUGGCGGUGUCGGCAGCGAGGUCCUCCAGAUCUGGGGGUGCUGGCGGUUGCGAUGCGGCUGGUGGCAGCGGCGACGGCGGCUGGCAACAGCGGCGGCGGUGAUUGCGGUGGCAGACGGCGGCUAGCGACACCGACGGCGGCUAUGGCGACAACGCUGAUGGCGGCUGUCAGCGACGCGACGCCCGUGGACGGCGCGGCGGCUGUGGCAGACACGGCUCUAGCGGUGACUGGCGGAUGCGGCAGUGAUUGCGGCGUUGGCAUCGACCGGCAAUGGCAGUUGGUGGGCAGUGGCAUCGUCGGCUGCCGUUGGCGGAGGAGGACAUGGCGGCGGCGUCGGGGCGGGUGCUGGCUGCGUGGUGGCGGAGGGUGACGGCGCAACGGCGGUCUGCGAAGGCGGUGUCGGUGGCAGCGACGACGGCGGCCGUGAUUGUGGAGGCGGUGGUGAUGUCGGCGGCGGGGAUGGAGUUGGGGAUGAGGUGAGGAUGGCGACAGUGAGGUGGCUGGGUGUUCGGCAACAGCGGCUGUGGUGGUGGUGACCGUGUCUGCGGUCAUCAGAGGCGUGACGGUCUCGGACGGCUAGCCGAGGGCGUGGGAGAUGGCGACAUCUGACCGGCGUGGCAUCGUUUGGUGAAGGGGUCGGAGACUGGCUUGACGCAGAGAGGCGCAGCCGAUGGGAGCGGAGGCCGGCUCGGCGCGAGAGGCGCGAGCGGCGGAGAUGGAAGCCGGCGUGAGGAGGAGCUGUCGGUGGAUGUGGCGCGUCUUCUGCACACGAAGGCUGGCUGACGGGAGACGCCGGUUCAGGGGUCUAACAUGUCGGCAGAGCUUGUGUGGUGGUGGAGUAUCAGUGCGUUAGUCGUGGAUUCGCUUGUGGUGAGCGGCGGGUCGUGCUGUCUCACCCCUCAAGGGUGUUUGCCGGGUGAAAGCCUAGUCUUGGCUCCUUUGAGUCCCGACGGACGGCGGCGGCGGUUUUUCCGUCGCUUCUCUUCUUGAAGACGUCGUUCUGGCAUCCCCUAGGGGGCGAUCUCGUCUGUGUCCCUUUGUUGGUCUAGUGGCGGUCGGUCACGCUUAGCGGCGGUCGAUCCGGUGCUAGACUUCUCCUGGGUUUGUGUGUUGGCGAUGUCGGUGUGUGGGUGGUGUUUUUUUUUUCCUUUUUCCUGGUUACGACCCUCCAGGUUAUAAUCUUGUAAUUUUUGUCCUGCUCUAUCAAUAGAAUUUCGCAUCGUCUCGUGCGAGUUGUUUAAAAAA